UUUUAUUUUUUAAAAAGCUGACCGGAUGGGUAUGUUUCCCUCAAGCUAGCUCUCAUGACUUCUCGCGGCAGCCUCAGUCGCAGUUGACGCAGCUGCUGCAGCUCCUUGUGAUCACCAACAACCGCGCAGCAACAUGUUGUCCUACAUCAUCGGACUGAUCCGCGGCGGCUUCGACAGCAUCGUCAACCUGAUCUUCAGGCUCCUCUUCUCCAAGAAGAGACCCGCCAUCACCCUCCAGGACCCGAGCAUCAAGUACGCGCUGCGGCUGCUGGACAAGCAGAUCGUCAGUCACGACACCAGGAAGUUCCGCUUCGCUCUGCCGUCACCUGAACACAUCCUGGGUCUUCCAAUCGGGCAGCACAUCUACCUGUCUGCUAAGAUUGAUGGUAAACUGGUGGUGCGUCCGUACACGCCGGUGUCCAGCGACGAUGACAAAGGUUACGUGGACUUGGUGGUGAAGAUUUACUUUAAAGAUGUGAAUCCUAAAUUCCCCGAGGGAGGAAAGAUGAGUCAGUACAUGGAGAGUCUCAGGAUCAAUGACACGAUCGACUUCAGGGGCCCCAGCGGCCUCCUCGUGUACAAGGGCAAAGGAACUUUUGCCACUCAGUCAGAUAAGAAAGCUCUUGCUGAGAUCAAGACGGCCAAACACGUGGGGAUGAUCGCCGGAGGGACGGGCAUCACUCCCAUGCUGCAGCUCAUCACCGCCGUGAUGAAGGAUCCCCAGGACCAGACGGUUUGUUACCUGCUGUUCGCCAACCAGACUGAGAAAGAUAUCCUGCUGCGGCCGGAGCUGGAGGAGAUUCAGGUGAACAACCCGGAUCGGUUCAAGCUCUGGUUCACGCUCGACAGAGCAUCAGACGACUGGGAGUACAGUCAGGGCUUCAUCAGCGAGGACAUGGUGAGGGAACGUCUGCCUCCUCCCGGCGACGACGCCUUGGUGCUGAUGUGCGGACCGCCGCCCAUGAUCCAGUUCGCCUGCAACCCCAACCUGGACAAGGUCGGCCACGCCGAGAGCCGUAGGUUCACUUUCUAAUCGUCCCGUUGUCGAGGGCACUUGAUAUAUAUUAUCUGUACUGCACUCGUGUGGUCGCAGGGGGUAUUGCACUAUGUAAACUAUAUUUAUGCCCCAACAUUCAUCAUGCAGCAGAAUCAGAGCACGGACCAAGUUGAGGAGGUAGUUGUCAUGUAGGAGGAAGAUGGUGGAUGUUUGUUGUGUAGCGAAAUGAGGGAGUGAUUCGCCGUGUUGCUGAAAACAAAGCGACUGUCGUGCUGUGGCCUCCGUGUCCGAGAGAAAAGAUUGAGGUUUGUUUUUUUCUGAGUGCCUUAACCAGUUGCAACGCUUUUCUUAUGCACAGUAAAACAUAAUCGUGACCACUUGCUUAGUUUAUACAGAAUAACUAAUCCUCACGUUGUGGCUGUCGGGUGCGUCGAUCUGAUGUUUAUAUGUAAAUGUUACUGUCGCGAUAUCGAGGCUUUGAAUGUUUAAGAAAAAAAACUGCCGUAGCGUCUUGAAUAAGAGGACAGAGAAAUUAAAUUUCAUUUUUAUUACCAAAACAUUUAAAAACAAUGCAGAGUAACAAGAGAAAAUUGUUUGGUAACUUCGUUGUAGAAACAAUGACUUUGGCUUCUUGCAGAUUCAGUUCAACACUUUGGGAAACUGACUCCGACAUGGAGGGAUUAGCACGGCGCUCUAUAGUUAGCUGACCACGCCCCCUCUUACACCCCAGACUGAUGAGUCACCGACAUGUGACAGAAGUCAGGCUGUGUACAGUCUGACUUCUGUCACAUGUAGGUGACUCAUCAGUCGGUAGUGGUCAGCUACCUGAAGACAGACAUGCUGAGCCCCGCCCACCCUCACAAACAAAUGUUAAUUCGGAUCAUAGAACAAUCAUCUGGUUUUUAGUCUUUGAACCUACAUCCUGGUGUGAGAGCGAGUUUCCCAAAAUGUCCGACUACACAUUGGUUUUGCUUUCUGAGAUGUCUCGACCUACGUAGCUGUAACGUGUGUGUGAUGCUCACAGCAACAUCCAGGUUCUAGAAGAACCUUCAACAGAAAGAGAGGAACAGUAACAUGGUGUCCAACCAAACACUUAACGGAAAAAGAAACAAAAAGCAGAUGAGCAUCACACACGACGACAGUGAAGGAGACGAAUCUCUGACACCUGAACAAACGAGAACUGAUGUAAUUUGACUGAAGUUGUGGACGUGAAUAAACACUUAAUCCUCA